UCCGCUGACCCCGCCCCCUGCCCAUCCAGGCCCCGGCCCCUCCGGAACGUCCCAGCUGUUUCCAGUGGGCGUGGCCGCGGGCUGUUCCGGCUCUACCUGCAGACAGGUGUGUUGGCUCCCCGCGGGCUCCCCUCCCCGCUCGGCCCGGUCCCCGCGCUUCUUCUCCCGGUGUGGGAACAUGGCGGUGCCUCUGAGCGACCAGGAGAAGCGGAAGCAGAUCAGCGUGCGGGGCAUUGCGGGGCUCGGAGAUGUUGCGGAGAUCAAGCGGAGCUUCAACCGACACCUUCACUUCACUGUGGUGAAGGACCGGAACGUGGCGACUCCCCGGGACUACUACUUCGCCCUGGCGCACACCGUCCGGGACCACCUGGUGGGCCGCUGGAUCCGCACCCAGCAGUACUACUACGAGAAGGACCCCAAGACAAACAGAACCAGAAACAUACGAACGGUUUGACGUCACAUGGGUCGGUACCGGACAUCAAUUCGGUGCCAAAUUAACCUCCAGAUGUUUCCUAAUUCAUCCAGUUUAAAUUGUUCUGUUCUCUGGACCUGCUGUGCUGGUUUGAAACAUCCAGAAUCAGACUGAUGGACUGUCACCGCACAGAGGCUACAGAUGUGUCAGUGCGCUUUGAUACGACAGAGAGGAGUCUGGGAAAUGUAGGAAAGAACAUGUUGACCAUCGAGAGGAGGAAGUCAUGUUCAGUUUGUUUCCUGAUAAAAUUGUUUGUCUGUCAACCAACAACUAACCAGAUAACCAACAACUAACCAACCAACAGCCAACCAACCAACCAACAAACAACCAACCAACCAACAACCAACCAACCAACCAACCAACAGCCAACCAACCAACCAACUAACUAACAACUAACCAACCAACCAACCAACCAACUAACCUCGGGACAGUUCUCCAGCGAUCGGACCAUCCUGCAGUAUGCCCGCGACAUCUGGGGAGUCGAACCAUCUGACGUGAAGAUCCCGCCGCCCAACGAGCCGCCGCUCGAGUCCCGUGACUGACGAACCGGGUCGGGAAUCAGAAGUGAGAUGUUUACACCGACGUUUAGUCCGCACUAAUUAUAUUCAUAUACAGAAUUUAUUCAUUCAUCACAGGAAGAUAAAACUAUAUAAAAUAUAAAUUCAUAGUCUGAACUUCCUGUAACAAACUGACAUGAUGAUCAGUGUUAAUGACGUGAACACUGAUCAAAGCUCUGACUCAAGAAGAACGAACACUGACUUCAUCAGUUUGUGACUCUGUGAUGCUCGAUUCUGUUUUACACUUUAAAAUAUCUUCAUGUUUCACACUGACUUCAAAUUAAACGUGAUGCAGAAAUG